AUGGAGCAAUGCACCCAUCACAACUGCCAGCACACUGCAUCUGCCAGUCAAACAUUAGAAGAAAUGGAUUUUGAAAGAGGACCGUGGUCUGCUGCACUUGAUGGGGAUUUGAACCGCCUUAGUAAGCUUCUGCAAAAGAUGAAUGCUGAUGCAGUUGACACAUCAGGAUACAGUUCUCUGCACUAUGCUUCAAGAGCUGGGCACUUGGAAGUUAGUUCACCUCUUCAUCGCGCCUGCCAACAAGGACAUUUAUUAGUGGUGAAAUUUCUGUUGCAGAAUGGAGCAGAUGCUGGAUUACAGGAUUCUGAUGGGUGUACUCCACUUCAUAGAGCAGCGUUAGCUAAUCGUACAGAUAUUUACGUAGCCGUUUACCAAAAGACUGCUGUUCAAGUGCCACUUUAA